UCAAUCGUUUUCAAAACAGGCGCGAAAAGAAUAUAUACAUACUUUAAAACACUACGUGGAUAUAUAUUAUGUAAAUGGAAAUAUUAUUAUUAUCGUCACUAUUAUUAUUAUUAUCAUCACACCAUGGAAACCAUAUUCAUAGUAGAAAAUUAUCCCCUGGAAUUAAUACUCACAUUUACUUAAUGUGGAAUGUUAGCAAGGCAUUUGGAUAGUUAUAAUAAUAAUAUUAAUAAUAGCAAAAUUACUCAGUAAUGAAUAUGAAAAGUACAAUGUCAGAGUACGGUAUACAGUCACCAGAAUCAGAGAAGACGACAGAUUCAAAUAAUAUUUCAGAAGCUGAAGACUAUGAAAGACUGGGAUAUAACUAUGGAUGGGCACGCAGUAGGAAAUUCUUAAAACAGUUGGUCAAGGAUAAUAUUGACCUAUCGUUAGUAGAAUACGAAAUUCUACGACAUUCGAAGAAUAAAAGGCCAAAGUCGUGGAGGCAGUGUUUUCUAGUGUGCCUUCGAAGUAAUAUCCUACAAAUAUUUAUGUCCAUAUUGGUACUACUUGAUGCAGGAAUUGUCAUCAGUGAAAUAGUUUUAGAAAUACAAUCACUUCAAACCUAUAAAAGUAAUUUCCGUUCCCAACUUGAAGAAUUUCGUCAUAUUGUAUGUACCUUAAUGUAUACUACUACACCAAAUAUUGAACUACCAUAUCAAUGUUAUUCUGAUGAACGUGGAUUAUAUUUUGAAAGAAAUAAUGCAAAAUUGAAAAAUGCCUCAAUGUACAAUAAAACUACCUAUACUACUACUACUACACAGAAUCAAACUUUUUCUAAUGAACAAGUAAAUCGUGUAAAAAUAUUUACAGAAGAAUCAAAUUAUACUAAUCCAAGUCCACGGAUAGAAAUGACGGAUCAUCAUCAUUCUAAACUUGCUAGUCAACUUGAGAAAGAUGAUGUAUUACUCAUGGAUAUAUGUAGUUUCUUAUCACAUUGGAAUAAAAUAUAUGGGUCGUCUAUAAAGUGUAUUUUAAAUCCUGAAGAAAAGCACACUACGGAAUUGUUUUCGCAUUCAAGCAUCGCAAAUCCUUCAGACAUUGCUACAAUAACAAAUGCUCAUUCGGAAGAACAUUCAGUAGAUUUUAACAACCAUAGACAAAGAAAUUUCCGCUCAAAACGUCCAUCUACAAUUUCCCCUGUAAAUAAUAUCCCUAAUCUUCAUGAAGAUGUAUCUAUCAAUGAAUUAUUACCAUAUUUCAGUGGUGUACACUCUGAAGAAUUUUGUGGAGAUUCACAAAUGAAAACACAUCAGAUUGGAGCAAGAGCACUGCAUGAAGCCUCUGAAAUUUUGCAUUAUUUAAGUAUUGCAAUCACAGCCUUAUUCUUUUUAUGCGUAUUAUUAAAAUUAGUUUGCCUUGGCAAAGAAUUUUUUCGAGAUACAAAUGAAUAUUUUGAUGGAGCGAUUAUAGUAGCAUCACUUGCCUCCGAUGUAUUAUAUGUCCGUUAUGUAUCUGAAACUGCAGCUGCAAUGGUUGUACUUCUAUUGUGGAGAAUUAUACGAAUAAUAAAUGCUCUAAUGAUGCAUAAAAAGCAACAGUAUGAAUUUCGGAUAGCAAUGCAAAAACGAUCAAGAAGAGUGAUGGGUAGAAAAAUGGAAGUUAUACGCACAGAAAAAGAAAUGCAAGAUAAACAUAUCUUAGCCUUAGAAAACUUGCUCAAAGAAAUGGGAGUUUCACAUGAUGCAAUACGCAAAUGUAAACCCUUGUAUAAAAAAUGUACAAAAGAACAAACAAACAAUGCUUUGAAAUCGAUUGCAGCUUUAACAACAGGAUUUAUGGGUGGUCUUGUCGGUGCGCCAUCACAUGUACAAGGUGUUAUAUCAAGAUAUAGUAAAAGUAAAUUUUCUAGUACACAAAAUUUUGCACAAUCAACAUUUUCACAGUCUGAAUCCCUCAGUGUUUUAUCUAAAUAUCAACGUGAAUCAGUGCCAAGAUUAGUACAUAUUCAAGUUCCUGGUAGUAAAUGUUUAAAAGAUCAUCAAAUAUGCAAUAAUUAUGGUACAAAUUAUCCCUUCAAUGAAAGUGAUCAGGUAACACAUGAAAUUAAAAAUUAUCGUUCAGCACAAUCAACCUGUGAAGACAGUGUAGCAUUUGAUGAAUUAUUAAAAAGGCCACGUGCAUUAAGUUUAAAUCCCCAAGAACAUUGGAGUUCACUUCAGGAUAAACAAUUUCGUUCUUUAUUAUUACAAAGUGAAUCGACAACAAAAUUAACAAAAAGUUCAAAUACUCUAAAAUAUCCUAAUGAUGAUGAUGCUAUGAUGUGUGAUAAAACAGAAAAGUCAUCACCGUCAAUAUUUUUAAGACAUACAUCAAAUGAGACAUUAAAUGAAACAUUAUCAGUUAAUUAUUUUACUAGAAGUACAAAAGGUCAUUAUUUUUUAAAAACAUUGCCAAAUUUAUUUAAAAAAGCCUUACAUAUAAAUAAGCAUAAAACAAAUAUUUUAACUGAAGAAGAAGGUGAAACCAUUGAACAAGAAAGUUAUGAAAAAAGUGGGCGAAAAGAAGAUGAGAAUGAGAAUGAACGUUAUUCAUUGCAUGAAUUAGAACAAUCCAAUAGAAUAAUAACCAGUUCAUAUCCACAUUCACAGACAACAUCAACUGUUCAAGAAGUUUUAGAAAUGGAUGAAACAAUCCCUAUGAUUCAUUUAAGUGAAUCGAAUGGAUUUACAAAUUCGACAACAGAUAUUAUUUAUAUGAAGGAUAAUAAACUCGGCAGGAAUACUAACGGGGAUUAUUGGAUUCAACCAGAUGUUAUUAAGGGAAUGAAUUCGAAUUUGUCCUCUGAGCAUACACCAAAUAAUCAUAAUGUUAAUAAUAAUAACAGUGUGAAUAAACAGUCCACAAAAUCUCUUAAUACAAAAAGUAAUGAAUUAUGCACGAAUAGAAAAGAAUCUGAUGAACAGAUAUGGAUACUUCAACCUGGUUAUAUUUGGUGUCAGUCUGAAAACCAGGCAAAGUUAACUGUGAAGAAAGAGAAACAUCUUGCAUCAAAGCCUCCUCCAAAAGUGAAAUCUCCAAUGACGAAAAUUAAACAGGUACUUUUCCGUAGUAAAUCGCUAAAGAACAGUACAAAGACAGGGUCAUCGAAAAAUACGCAUAUUCAAACUUCUAAUUAAGUCUGCCUUUUUACACCACCCCCCCCCUCACCCAGCCCCAACAGACCCAACUCGAUUUCAAUGACAGAUGAAUUCAACUCAACAGGAAUCCACUUCAUCACUUCAUAUUACUCUUUCAUGUUUUGUUUGUUUUUGUAUGUUUUUGGUUUCUUUUUCGGGGUUGGGGGGAUUUUAUUUUUGAGUUUUCUUGUUUCCUUUUGUUAUGAGAAGAAAAAAAUACCUAAUACAACAACUAUUUUUUAGUUUUCACAUACAGUCUAUACAGUAUAAUUAUUAGUAUUGUGUGCAGACAGACAGAGAGUUGUAGAUGAACGGAAAUGAAAAUACCAACGAAAAAAAUCAGACGUUUUUAAACAUUUUACAGUUUCACAGGAAGAAAAAUGUAUAUUUCUGCCAACAAAUACGACUACAGCUAAUAUCAAUAAUAAUAAUAAUAAUAGUAACAAUAGUAGUAACAAUACUAGCAAUAAUACAAUUACAAAUACUAUUUUUGCAAUAACUUUACAUACACUUCAAGUAUUAUGUGAAAUGUAAUGCAGUCUUAGUGUAAAUUGUGGUCUCAUGCGACAUAGCCAUAUUGGCUAAGCAAACCGAACUUCAUUCAGUUUUAUUGAAGAUGAGUCAGUAUUUUGAGCAUGUAAUAACUAUGGCGUAAGGAUGUACACAGAUAGUUUUGUGCAUAGUCCAUUUGAAAGUUGAUCACAUUAAGCAAACAACCCCCCCCAACGUCUGUCUGAUUGGCUGUGAAUACCAUAGUUUCUUUUCUCAUUGUACUUAGGUCGCCUUAUGUAAACAAUUAUCCGAAAAGAAAAGACAAAAACAAUUACAUAUUUUAGACUAAUCUAAUACAAAGAAUACUGCUAUUAUUAUUA